AUGGCUCAGCCUAGGUACGACGAAAGCCUUCACGGCGGAGGCUACAUGGAAGGGGGCGCGAUGUACCAUGAGCACCGACUGACGCACCCCCAUAUACCCCCAGUGCACUAUCCUCCCCCGGCUGCGCCGGCGCAUGCGUUGCCAGGCGAGCCCCUCGUCCACAAACGUGAUAAGGACGCGAUAUACGGGCACCCCCUCUUCCCUCUUCUGGCGCUGAUAUUCGAGAAAUGCGAACUAGCAACUUGUACGCCACGUGACCCUGGAGUAGCAGGCGGAGACGUCUGCUCAUCAGAAUCCUUUAACGAAGACAUCGCAGUAUUUAGCAAACAGAUACGCCAAGAGAAACCUUAUUACAUAGCGGACCCCGAGGUCGAUUCAUUAAUGGUGCAAGCAAUACAAGUCCUACGGUUUCACCUCUUAGAAUUAGAAAAAGUGCACGAGCUCUGUGACAACUUCUGCCACCGCUACAUCAGCUGUCUGAAGGGCAAGAUGCCCAUUGACCUGGUGAUCGACGAGCGAGAGUCCGCUCGUCCACCCGACGCGAACGGCGAGCCCCGCUCCGCGCCAGACAGCAGCCACGACGGAGCAUCGACCCCAGACGUCAGACCGCCUUCGUCGUCGCUGUCCUACGGUGCGGUGAACGACGACGUGCGCUCGCCGGGCUCCGGUGGUACCCCUGGACCUCUAAGUCAGCCCACGCCUCAGACCCUCGAUGCGACUGAUCCAGAUCCUACACACGUCAACACCCGUCAAGAGGCAAUUCAAGAACGACAGGCGCACAUCGUCACAUCACUAUCUCGUGUCACCUUCUCCCACAAAGGAAGUUUUUUGAAACCUUUCUUUCAUUCGGAAAUCAGUCACCAGAAUUGGGAUCACUCGACACUUCAACAUGUUACGUUUCGGAUCUCGAUCGAUUGUCGCGUGUCUUGCAUUCGGAAAUGA